AUGAACCGAUCAAAACCUCUGAUAAACCGAAACCAAAGUUCCCUCGUAAUAAUCCAAGUCCUCUCCGUAAUGCUCCAAGACCUCCCAUUCGACACCAAACUCGCAUCAUCAACAACUAACCCAAAUUUACUGACCACCGAUUCAGUCUCCGAUAUUCUCCGGUCAAUACCCAGAUUCUUCUUUUAUUCUCCACGUUCAGUUGGCCGUCAAAACAUGACUCGCCAUCGCUCUCCUUUAAAACAACGUAAUCUCAAAGAAGAAACCGUAAAUCCCGCCACAAUGUACUCAUUCUUGGUCCAGCUGCUUACAGAGACCCCAAAAGGAGAUAUGGCCAUUGUGUUGGCUAGAGGGAGUAAAUUGGAUGAAUUAUGGCAGUUUCUCAAAGAAAUGGCUCAAAGAGAACAUGGGAAUUGUUUAGGCAUUGUUAGUGUCAAUACUGUUACCUGUUUGAUAAAAGUCCUAGUAGAGGAAGGUUUGGUUAAUCAAGCAUUGGCUUUGUUUUAUAGAAUGAAGCAAUAUCAUUUAAAACCGGAUGUUUAUGCGUAUAAUAACAUUACUUUUGCGCUUUGUAAAGUUGGGAAUUUUAAAAAGGCAAGACUUUUAUUAGAACAAAUGGAGUUACUGGGAUUUGGAUGCCCGCCUGAUACUGAUACUAUAUUGAUUAGAUCUUGUUGUAAGUAUGGUUUGCAAAUUGGGUGUAGAAAGGCCAUAAGGAGGAGGAUAUGGGAGGCUAAUCGUUUGUUUACGAUUAUCGUGGUAAAUGAGAUUGAUAAGGCUGUUGAGAUGUUAAGGAGGAUGCAGAAGAUGAAUCAUGUUUUGGCAACUACAAGUUCUUAUACUCCGAUUAUUCAUGUUUUGUGUGAAGGAGGAAGGGUGCUAGAGGCUCGAGAUUUUCUUGUUGAGUUGGUUGAUGGGGGUUCUAUACCCAGAGAGUAUACGUAUACGUUGGUUUGUGAUGCAUUGAAGUCAGUGGGAGAGGGCAAUUUACUCGGUAGUGAUUUCGAUAAGAGAAUUAAAGAUGGUAUAGAGGUUAGAUAUAGAGAAGUGAAGAAUGUGAAACCAAUUAUGGCACGUAAGAUGAUGUUGUAG